GUAUUCCAGUUCAAUUCUUCUAUGACUGUUAAUUUCACCACUGUUUUAUUCGCGUUAGUGGUUACUCGGUUUAUUCCAAAAUGCAUUCCUGUGUGUACCAGUUACGUGACCCGAACUACUCAGCUCGCUUCGUAAGUUCGUGGUCAGGAAAUUAUGUUGAUGUGCAAAAAACGCAUGGAAAAUUAUUUUUAAAAUGUGAAAAAAUCUUAAAAAUAUAAAAACAAUUUGGUAGGAAGUGUGUGGAACAUUUUUUAACAAAAAAUUAUAUAUGCCGUGUGCCUUAAGGCUAUAAAAUCUGAUAGUAAUUUGCGCCAUUGAAGCAGCAGCGGCACAAAAACGAAAACAAUUCAAUGCAGCAGCAGAGGUCGCAGCAGAAGUUAUAGCAACGCAGAGCAUACGUAGGGCUAUGUAGGGGCAAGCAGCCGCAAGUGCAUUGAAAAAUUCUCGUGAAAAAAUUUAACAGUUGUAAUUGUUGGGGGGAAAACUAAAAAUAUUUGUAGUUACAUAUACAUUUUUUAGUGUGUAAGUUCUUUGCGGAGCGCAGUUGUAUGUGAAUUUUUUUUUUAUUACCAAACAAGUGGAGGUGGCAAAUUGUGAGUAAAUUGCUUUAUACAGUCGUGUUAACACUCACGUCCGAGCUGCUAGUACUGGCGCUUUGAAAAACUACGCAGUGAAAAGCGCAGCAGCAGCAGAGGUAGGGGCCAAGGAGAAAGAGACGUAGUGGCGGUAAAUUCAUCGAUUUUUUGUUUUUGCCUUUAAUGUGGGUUUACGUGCAACUUAACAAAAUAAAGAAAACCCUACAUAGGGUUAACGUAACAAAAAAAAAUUAGCUAUAAUUGCAAUAAAAUAAAAACACUCAAACAAGAAGAAAAAUAUAGAAGCAAUAGUAAAACUAUUGACCAUGAUAAGUGGAAGCGAUGAAAGUGGCGCUAACGUGGUAGUGUCACUAGAGGAAAACAAAGAAACUUCAGAACAGGUGAAGUUCCAAGAGCCAUUCAAUGGACAGAUUAAUAUUAUUAACAAAGGCCUACAGAAUGCAACUGCCGAAAUCGUAACCUUAGGUGGAGGAGUAGAACGGAGAAUUCAACCGGAAAAUGUUAAAGUCCAAAUACAGCCACAAGCUAUUGGGAACGCUCAGAGUACCGGUGAAGUUGAAAUUAAAAGCCUUAGUGACAAAGACAAAAAUCAUAAAAAGAAAAGGAAAGAAAAAGAUAGAGAACGCGAUCGUGAAAAAGAUAGAGGACGUAAUCACGAUCGUGAAAGAGAUAAAGAGCGUGAUCGGGAUCGUGAUAAAGAUCGAGACCGUACCAAGGAUAAAGAACGUAACAAGGAGAGAGAUCGAAUACGUGAGCACAGCCAUAAAAAAGAUUCCUCAAAAGAUCGUUAUAACAAGGAACAAAGUUCAAAUUCUCGUACUGGUACGAGUGGUGCCAGCGAUAAAUUAAAAGAUAACAAUAAACAAGAAAAGUCUAAGCCAAGCUCUUCGUCUAGUGCAUCUAAACGUGACAGAGAAAAGGAUAAAUCACAUUCUCUUUCAGCUGCAUCUUCGGAAAGUUCCUUAGCCGAAUAUAGGCGUCGCAGCUCCGAUAGUAGUCGUGGUAGUCAUAGCAAUGGUACAAAAUCACACAGUCGAACUAGCACCGUUGUUGGGAAAGAUGUCAAUACAGCUCCACCCGUAAAGUUACAACCAAUCAAAAUAGAAACCGAAAUUCUGAUUCCAGAUGUUAAAAGUACUAUAAAGGAGGAGUCAAAGCAACAGCAAAUGAAUUUGCUUGAUUUACCUCAACAUAACUUAAAAUUAGAAAAUGAAAAUAAGGCAGAUAAUAAAAUUGAAAUACUUUCGAAAAUUAUUAAAGUUGAAAAUGGGAUGGAUGUUGUUGAUAAAACAAAUUCCUCGCAGAUGACUAUUCCGAAUACGAGUGAUGCAACAAAUAAAUUAAACAACGGUAUCGGUAUAGAAAAUCCCAAUAUUAUUAGUUCUGAUAUCCCCGCAACGUUGAAAUCUGAUGAAACAUCUUCGGAGAAAGCGAAAUUAGACUGUAAUAGCAGAGGUAUGAAUGAAAACAUAACUGUUGACGGCACGAACAGUACAACUACUUUUAAAACACGGGAGGAUGUUUCUCGCCAAUUAAAUUUUAGUAACGAACCAAUUGCGAAUCCACUAAUAAAAGAGACUAAAACCGAAAAAUUGAGUGACAAUCGUUCGAUCUCACAAUCAUUAAAAACGAUCCCUACAACUAAACCGUCGGCGCACAGCAAUGUGCACUUGACGUCUACAUCGUCAAGCAGUUCGAGUACUCGCAAAUCUUCCUCAUCUAGCAGUAGUUACCAUAGAAAGAACUCAUCAUCAUCAACGUCCUCUAUUACGAAACAUUCAUCCUCGUCUACAUCGGCAUCAACAUCAAAUACAUCAUCCUCACGCAGUCGCGAUUGUUCCAGAUGCUAUAAACGAUCUAAAAUACGACGAGCAAGCGUUGGUACUCAGUUCCACCAGAGUGAACCAUUUAUUUUUAGUACUCCCAAACGGCGAAGUCAACGUCCACCCGAAGGCUUGGAACACUUAAAAUACGGUAGAUUAUUUGAAGUAGAGGUCCAUCCUAAUGGUGGAGCGUCCGUCGUUCAUCUUUAUCAGGAUGAAUUGGAUCAAUUAACACCGGAACAAAUGGAGGAACUAGUAGAGGAGUUUUUCUCGGUUUGCUUUGCGGAAAAUGACGAGGGUUACGCAUUACAUGUUAUGGGUAUUGUGCAUGAUGCUGCGAAAUACCUGCCAGAUUUACUGGAACAUAUGGCAGAUAAUUAUUCAACGUUAACAGUUAAAGCUGGGGUUUUAGGUCGGAAUUCCGACAUUGAGACCUGUACAAUGGCGCAAUAUAACGAACAGGUUGUUCGAAAUUACUCGCAAGGCACUUUUCGAUAUGGCCCAUUACAUCAAAUAAGUUUGGUUGGCAAAGUGCACGAAGAGGUUGGUGGCUAUUUUCCUGAUCUCUUAGGAAGAAUUGAAUCGAAUCCUUUUCUAAAGAAGACAAUGCCUUGGGGCUCAUACUCGGUUUUACAAACUGAUCCACGUCUUUCUAACGAUGGUCCAAUAUUAUGGGUACGUGCAGGAGAGCAAUUAGUGCCUACAGCUGAGCUGAAUAGUAAGACACCAAUGAAGCGUCAACGUACACGAAUAAAUGAAUUGCGAAACCUUCAGUAUCUACCACGUUUGUCAGAAGCACGUGAGACAAUGAUUGAGGAUCGUACAAAGGCACAUGCGGAUCAUGUUGGACAUGGACAUGAAAGAAAUACCACAGCUGCUGUGGGCAUACUCAAGGCAGUACAUUGUGGUCAAUCCUACAACCACAAUCGUAUAACAAAAGAUGUAGUGGCUUUUGCAGCACAAGAUUUUAAUUAUCUUGUUGAAGUUUUACAACUCGAUUUGCAUGAACCACCAAUAUCUCAAUGUGUACAGUGGAUCGAAGACGCUAAAUUGAAUCAACUUCGACGUGAGGGUAUUCGAUAUUCUCGCAUUCAUUUAUGUGAUAAUGAUAUAUACUUUUUACCGAGAAAUAUUAUACAUCAAUUUCGUACGGUAACUGCGGUUACCAGUAUUGCUUGGCACUUGCGCUUACGUCAGUAUUAUCCAGGACAGGAGGUAAUCAACGAAAAGAAUAACCCAGUGCUUGCAGAACCACCACACUAUAAAGAGAAGCAGACACUCUUGCCGCAUCCGGUGUCACAUGAUGAUCAUCAUAGCAAACGUACACCAUGUAAACGCACGCAUGAUGGCAAAGCGAAGAAAUCCAAACUCAUUGAUAUCGAUGGCAAAGAGCGACAUUCAAGUGAGAGUGGUACAGAGGACUCCAAUUCGAAGGACGGUUCCGAAUUCAGCGCAUCCACCGGCCGUAAGCGUAAAGCUGUUCGAGACGAUGCAAGAAUCGAUAUGCGCAAAAUGGUGCUCGAACAUAAAUUACAUAAAUCCAUGGCAGCAAACAAUGAAGUAGAAAGUGUAUCUGCUGUGUCAUCAUUAGAUACCGGUAGCACAAACAACAUCAACGUAACCACUUUAGAUUCGAGCACUGUCGCGCCUAGUUUAGUGAAGGAUGUUGUGGAUAAGCCGCAAAAACGCAAAGAAUCUAAAGAUGGUAGAUCUCAAGUAGAGGCUAUGAAAGUAGAACGACGGAACAGCACUAACGGUGGCAAAAGCAGUUCGACACAAAAGUGCAACUCCAAUGGGGAUAUAUCAAAAGAUACAUCAUCCAAAAAUAAAUACUUAAACCCAAUGACGAAAUCUCACACCCAGACUAGCACGCCGAGUGCGCAAAAUAUGAAAACAAUUAACACGGAACUACUUAACAAUACGACGACCCAAACGACAACCAUUGCAGCGGCAGCCUCAGUGGCGAACACGACAACCACAACACAAAAGAUACUACCUAAACUGCCGGAGCCGACAGUGCCUGCAACACCCUUGCCACUUGUGCCUCAAACACCCUUUACACAUCGCGAGGCCUAUGUUAACAGCCUGAAUCAAAAAGAACCAGAGAUCAAAAUUCAAGUACAAAUAAUAUCCGAUGAGCCUUCACCCAACCCAUCCACCAACGCUCUAUCCACAACCAUCACACCAAACAUAAAGACGCCUUGUGGAUCCUCUGAAAUGGCACAACCACACCUUUCAGAAAUGCUGCUACAAGCUACUUCACAACCAGUGCAAAAACCAUCGACCUAUAGCGUACAACGCGCCACAGACCAUUCAAACGAAUCGAUGUUAACUGCAGUACCAGUGGCACAAGGUUGCAUACUCACCACACAACCGGACCCUAUCAAUAUACUUUCGGUUGCGACUGCACCCCAACUGGUGGUCGACCAUGAAGAAGAGGUGACUGUCUCCGAGGAAAUAAAUGAAGUGAUGACACAAACCGCCGAUACAUCAGCGAUUUUCGCAUCUACCGUUUUGACUAAAACGACGUUGACGUUUCCGCCAUUACCGCCUGAAACAGCGCCAUCUUUGCCGCCACCGCCGCCAAUAGUAACAGUAGAAAAUAAAACGCUGUUGCUAACAAGCAACCAACAACAAUCGCGAAAAUUGGUGAUUGUACCGCAAACAGAGCUACCAACAACAUUACCAACGCCGGUGAUACUAAAGGCAAAGAGCAAUACCAACAGUGUCAACGCAAAACCGGCUACUGCUGCGGCAGAUCCACAACACCAACAACAGCAUGUUGAGAGGAAGACACACAAAAUCAUAAAGGUGAAUUCGAUAAGUAAAGCGUCAAACUCAGCACCAGCCGAUUUGCUCAGCUCAAUUAUGGCCAGCAUGGAUAACAGUAAUGCGUCAACAACGUCUACACAAAACACACACACCUACACAUCAACAUCAUCAUCAUCAUCAUCUUUACACUGAAGCGAUAAGUUAAAGCAGUAAGGAAUCAAGCUUAAUGAUCAUAAUGCGGAUGAAUUUUUGUAAUGCCGAAGAGCUCAAGCUGGAGCGUUGAGUACCAACCAAUUGAGGAAAUCAAAAUAUAUUUGUAUAAGGGAUACACAGUAAAAAUUUUAUAUUCGCUUCGGUUGGCACUUGAGCUUCUUGGAUUUUAGACAACAAGCUAAAAAGUGUAUAAAACAAAAUUACACAGGAAAAAAAUUAUUGUUACAAUUUGCAAUAUAUUUGUAAAUAUUAUUAUUUUUUUUUACAUAUACCUACCAUCAUACAUACAUAUUUGUGAGUAGCUUAGUCUGAGUUGUAAGAUACUAGUUUUCCUUAAAUUAUUUAAACAAGACGAAAAGGAAUUUUAUUGUACCGCACACACACACACAUACAUACCAGUGUAUGAUUAUUAUUAUUAUUAUUAUUAUUAUUUUUUUUUUUGGAAAAAUAUGUACACGAGAGAUGACAGAAUUAUGUGGACUUUCUGAUUGUCGAUUACUUGGUUUUGUACAUUACUUUGUCUCCGAAGAGGCGACUUGAAGCAAAGACAGCAGAGAUAACAAUCAAAUACAAGUAUACGCAUAGCGUACAAAAGAGACACGUAAGCGGUCCAGUUGAAAGUUGAAAAAUGUAAAAGACAAUUGUAUUGUUUUGAGUAAAUUAAAAGAUAAAACCAAUUUGUAUUUUUGAUAUACAGAAAAAACACAUAUUUCUACUUAUCUGUAUGUACUAUGGAUUAAGAGGGUUAUUUUCGAGGUAACGGAAACGGUUAUAAUGCGACAUACAUAUGUACAUAUAUGUAUAAAUAUGGUUUGUUCGCAUACGUAUGUGUGUAUAUACAUAUAUUGUAUUUUAUAUGAGAAGAUAUGUAAUUGGUAAGCUUGACUUGUGACAUUUCUAAAUAUAUUUCGGAUAACUUGUGAUCCUUGGCGGCCGCGUUAGUCGAGUGGUUAGCAUUGCAUACUGCCAUUCGGAAGGCUCGGGUUCAAAUCCCCGUGCGACCAAUAUCCUAAAGUUAUAGAAAAUUAAUUUAAAUAAAAAAAUAAGUUAAAUUUUCUAAUUACGGUCGCCCCUCGGUAGGGAAUGUCCACCCCUUCGAGUGUAUUUCUGACAUGAAAUCUCAAGCUUCUCAUAAAAACACCAUUAGUCGUUCGGAGGCGGCUUAGUAUUAUAUACUGUAGGUCCCUCCAUUUGUUGGAAGAACAUCAAGACGCAAAACCACACAUUGGAGAAUGAGCAGGGCCGAAAAACGCUUAAGCGGUUACAAAGCGCAAAUUAUAUAUAUUAUCCUUUGGUCAUAAUUGCUCCUGCACUUUCAACUGGACGAAUGCCAAAUGCGUACAUAUGUAUGUACAAUUUAUAAAUAUUUUGUGAAAAAUUUGAAUGUUGUACACAUUAUAAUAAGCUAAAUUAAUUGUCGGCAUAUAUUGUACGAUCUGUUCACAAGCUUCGAAUCCACAUGAUGCUUUACCAACAGGAUACGUACAUAUGUAUGAAUGUAUUUUUUAAAUUUUAAGUUCUUUUCAAAUUUACAAGCUACUUAAGUGGAUCGUUGCGGAUGAAAAUAUAUAUUGGUUAAUUUUAGUUAUAUCCUUUUUUUUUGUGGCAGAUAAAUUGCAUAACAUACAAACAUACAUACUUACAUAUUUAUAUAAAGUUUAAUAUUUCUAUUGUAUAAGCAAUGCAUUGUUACAUAUUUCGGGUAUAUGCAUAUAUGUGCAUAUGUAUGUUUCUAACAAUAAAUACACACAUACAGCA